AUGAAUGACACACAAGAAAAAUAUAAUUUCGAUGUAGAUGUAACAAAUGUCUAUAAAACCGUUCAAAAAUACACCGAAAACCAUGAAAAUGCAAACGAGUGUAUCGAAAAACCCCAAAUGUUGGAGUGUUUCAGUGAUGGAAAAAUAUCAAAUAUUAGUGAUGCUUCAGAGAAUUUUAAGUCCGUUCAGAGGCAAAAUGUAGCGCAAUCUAAUAUUGAAGGCGGUGGUGAACUAUUAUCGAACCACGAGAAGAAUACAAAAUUAGAAGCAAUUGAAAUGGAGUUCGAUGGAUUAAACAUAAAAAACGAAUUUAUCACUGAUAAAGUUCAAAUAAUCGACGACAGGAACAACUUAAGCAAUGAUCAGAUAAAAACGAUCAAUGCCAAAAUGAAAAAGAUUCAAAACGAAAUGGAAACUAUGCGCGAUGGGAACAUAACUAAAGAACUGGAAAAUACUACUUGCUUUAAAGCCAUCGUAGACAAAAUAGUGGACAUCCAUAGCCAUAUUGACCAGUUUAUAGAGGUAGUAAACGGUUUGAAGCUGAAGCUCGAAGACGCGUGUGAAAAUAAAGAAACGAUUACAGAGAUAAUGGAAGUGUCGGAGUAUUUGAGGGCCCAUUAUGCUAUACAGGUGACCGAAGACCAAAGAAAUUUUACUGAACAGAUAAAUAAAUAUGCGAACGAAAUCUAUCAGUUAAAAGCGUACGCGGAUAUUAAAAUUAAAGAAGUAGAUACGCUGGAAGAACGUGCUAAUGACCAAAAACUUUGCAUCGAUUCUUAUGAAAAAUCGAUGAAAUGCAUCACUGAUAAGUUUUCAAUUUUAUAUUCGGACAUAAAACAAUUGCAGUAUGAAAAUGAUCAAUUAUCAACUCCAAAUGAGAAGCAAAAAGAAUUUUUUUUGCUAUUAGCUGAACAAUUGGAAGGAAUGGAUGAGUUAUUGAAAACGACAAAAAAAGAAAGACACAAUAUGAUAGAUUACCUAAAUAAUACAUUUGAAGAAGAACACGUCAUACAAAACGCUUGA